UCAACCGCGUUGCUGUAUUCUCGUAGCAACGCCAUGCCGAACUUCGUCUGGCACGUACCGAACGGUGCUUCCGUCCCGGACUCGCCAGCGAUCGGCCACGAGACGGACGACUUCCCUCGACGCAACGCGUUCGGUCGAGACUUUGAAGACGCCGGCUUGGUGUGGACCAAGGAACUCUGUGAGGCUGACUCCGACCAAGACGGACAGACGAACGGCCAAGAACUUGGUGAUCCCUGUUGUGUGUGGACAACCGACGAGUCUCCGCUCUGGACCACUGGAACCUCCCACCCUGGA